CCGUCAGGGCCGGAAAACCUAACAACGGAAUGCGGGCGCUGCCGGACGGGCCCGAGGACUCGGCUUGAGGCGAGUCGGCGGCUUCAGGUAGAUAGGCCAUCCAUCCUCUUUUUCACUGGAAUGUCACAUCAAUGAACAUCCCCCCCGCCCCGCUCCAGCCCCAUUUGGUUUAUCUGGAUUCUGGCACAAGUAAAAAAAGAUGGGGAAUAAGCAAGCAAACUGCCGUCACAAUUACUUCUCACAGUUUCUACCUGAAGAACAGGCUGAGAUUGAUGGAUUGUUUGCUGCCAUAUCAGGGGGUUUGGAGACGCUGUCCUGUGGAAAGAGCAGAAAGUCUUUACCAAUCCCUAUCUCUUUGGAAAUGUUAAAGGCUUACCUUGGGGAUGCCUUGCCGGAGAAAAUGACAGUCAGGCUCUAUGAUGGAAUGAGGAAUAUUGACCUGGUGGGGACUAACAUGUGUCCUGCUGACUAUGUCACCAAAGAGCAGUUUGUAAUUUUGAUGUCAAACCUGUUAAAAGGCAGCAUAGGGGAGAAGAGCAACAUAAUCAUGAAAAUGUUACAUGUGCCUGUUGAAAAUGUGAAAGCAAGUCAUAUCCGACAGUUUACAGAGGAUCUGAUUACCUCGGUGGUACAUGUGUUGGACUACAGAAAUGAACUGAAAGGUUGGAAUGUGAAGAAAACUCAAGAUUUUAGCUCCGGUGUAAAGGAAUUGGCUAUUCAACUGUUCUCAGCACUGAAACGAGGCCCCUCAGAUGAAGAGACAGACAAAGACAAUUUGUGCUGUGACAACAGUUUGAUCGAAGACUGGCUGCUUAAAGUGCCCCAGAUCUCCACUUUCUUAAAUGUGGUCAUCAGGCGAGGAUUCCUGGUUUUGCAUUCUCACACAGAGCUGGCCAAUUUCAUCCCAGAAUGUAAAGAUGGCAAAGAAUUCAUGAGCCUCUUUAACAUUCCUGCCAUCAUUUACAUCAACUCUCACCUGCCUAUAAAACUACAGUACACGUGGAAACGGAUUUUUUCUUCUCAAAUUCAUGGCUGCAAUUUUGCAAAAUUUUGUGGGAAUAUUAUAGACAAAGGUCCGUGCUUAUUAGUGGUAAAGGACAGGGAUGGUCACGUAUUUGGUGGCUUUUCAUCUCAUUCCUGGGCAGUCAAGGGCCAGUUUCAAGGGGACAGUAGAUCCUUCCUGUUUACCAUUUCCCCCAACAUUGCAGUGUAUACAUACAGUGGAUACAAUGAUCAUUAUAUGUAUUUGAAUCAUGGACAACAAACUAUACCAAAUGGAUUGGGCAUGGGAGGUCAGUUUGAUUACUUUGGGCUUUGGAUUGAUUAUGAUUUUGGGAAAGGACACAGCAAAGCAAAACCUAGAUGUUCUACUUAUAACAGCCCUCAGCUAUCAGCCAAGGAAAAUUUCGAGUUCGAUAUCCUAGAGGUAUGGGCAGUUGGAGAUAUUUGUGCAAAUGAGAAGUCAUCCAAUAAGAAGACUGUUCUGGACAGUAACAUUGAGGCACAUUGCUUGUUAGAAAUGGUUGGGAAAAGUCGUUUUAGUGAUGGACUUCGAGAUCCGUGUGACGAUGAGGAAACAGAUGAAUAAGAUGGAAAAACUGAAGCCUAGAUAAUGGAAAUGCCAAUGGGGCAAAAUACUGCAUUGUAAUAAACUGGUAAUGUAGACA